AUGACAGACAACUAUUCUGCAAUUACCAUGUUUACUCUUUCAGGGGUAAGUGGGACGAGAAACUACAGAGUCACUCUCUUUGUUGUUACUCUCUUGUGUUACUGUGUGAUUUGGCUUGUGAAUAUGACCAUCAUUGUCACUACUAUUGUAGAUAAAAACCUUCAUCAACCCAUGUAUAUCUUCCUCUGUAAUCUGUGCAUCAAUGCACUCUAUGGAACGACUGGCUUUUACCCUAAAUUCCUCAAGGAUCUUCUGUCCACCACUAAUAUGAUCUCUUAUGCAGGAUGCCUUCUACAAGGUUUUGUUCUGCACUCUUCAGCUUGUGCUGAUUUCUCUCUUUUAGCUGUAAUGGCCUUUGACCGAUAUGUGGCGAUAUGUCGACCUUUAGUCUACCACUCUGUGAUGACUAAACAAAGAACUGGUGUUUUUGUGUUCAUUGCUUGGUGUCUUCCCUUAUUUCUGUUGUUCAUUAGCACGAUAACAACAUCAACAUUGAGGAUGUGUGGCUCACACAUACCCAGGAUCUACUGUAUUAACUACUUUGUUGGUAAACUGGCUUGUUCUGCCUCCAUAGCAAUGGUUGUGAGUCCUGCUUUUAAUUACACUUUUUAUUUCUGCCAUGCUGUGUUUGUUUUUUGGUCUUAUGUUAAACUGAUCAAAACAUGUCUCAUCUCACAAGAGAACAGAAGUAAGUUCAUGCAAACAUGUCUGCCUCAUUUACUCUGUUUAUUCACAGUGCUUGCUUCUUUGCUCUUUGACUUGCUGUACAUACGAUUCGGCUCUAAAAAGUUCAACCAAAGUUUGAGGAAUUUUGUGUCUAUAGAAUUUCUUGUUAUUCCUCCAAUCAUCAAUCCGCUCAUUUAUGGUUUAAACCUGACACAAAUAAGAAACAGGGUUAAGAAUGUUUUGUUUGGUAGGUGUCUCAGUGCUUCUGCACAUCACUGA